UGAGUAUAGAAGUUGGGAGGUCAUGUUGCAGUUGUAUAAGACGUUGGUGAGACCGCGUUUAGAAUAUGGUAUUCAGUUCUGGGCACCAUGUUAUAGGAAAUAUAUUAUUAAGCUUGAAAUGGUUCAGACAAGAUUUACGAGGAUGUUGCCAGGACUAGAGGGUGUGAGCUAAAGGGAGAGGUUGAGUAGGCUGGGUCUCUAUUCCAUGGAGCACAGGAGGAUGAGGGGUGAUCUUAUAGAGGUGUAUAACAUUAUGAGAGGAAUAGAUCAGGUAGAUGCUGAGUGUCUUCCCAGAGUAGGGGGAUUCAAGGAUCAGAGGACAUAGGUUCAAGGUGAAGGCGAAAAGGGUGAUGGGUAUAUGGAACAUGCUGCCAGAGGAGGUAGUUGAGGCUAGGACUAUCCCAUCGUUUAAGCAGUUAGACAGGUACAUGAAUAGGACAGGUUUGGAGGGAUAUGGACCAAGCGUAGGCAGGUGGGACUAGUGUAGCUGUGACAUGUUAGCCGGUGUGGGCAAGUUGGGCCGAAGGGCCUGUUUCCACACUGUAUCACUCUGACUCUAAGUUCUCAUGUUCUUUCUGCAAACUAUCAUAACCUGAAGAGGAGGAGGUAAAUGUACAACUUAUCACAAACGAUGAACUUUUUCGGUGAUAUUUCCAGAUGUGCAAUAGGUUUAUUGAUUAACAUCUGGGCACUUCACUCUGCACUCGUUUAGUCCAGAAGUAACUGAAUUUACAUCAGCAAAUAUUUACUUGAACAUUGCACUUUGAUUGGUUUGUUAACCUCUGGUCUGCCCACACAGGGUACUUUAUUGUUGGUUGCAACGUGGGCUAUGGUUGAAAGCACCGGCAACUGGAGUAGUUAGCAGUGGAAACGUUUUGCUUAUGUGAUUACUGCUGAAGUUAAAAAAAAAAACCAUUCCACCUCUCUCUCUCUCUCUCUCUCUCUCCACCACCUGUCCCGCACACACAUACACGGCGAGCUGCAUGAAUCCCUGCAACACAUCGAGAAAUGCUGCGGACUCUCGCAGCGGACGUUCACAGACGAGUGCAAAAUCCUCGCCAGCACGGACCGUGGAUCUGAGCGAAGAUGACAAGGAUCAGGCACCUGUUACUAUGAAUCCCCUUCACAUGAUGAAAGCCUUCAAAGUCAUGAAUGAACUGCGAAGUAAAAGCACUUUGUGUGAUGUAACCAUUGUUGCUGAGGAUGUGGAAAUUGAAGCGCAUCGUGUUGUCUUGGCAGCCUGCAGUCCUUAUUUCUGUGCCAUGUUUACAGGUGACAUGACCGAAAGUAAAGCAAAGAAAGUUGAGAUAAAGGACAUAGAUGGACAUACACUCAGCAAACUAAUUGAUUAUAUAUACACAGCUGAAGUGGAAGUCACUGAAGAGAAUGUGCAGGUACUGUUACCUGCAGCCAGUCUGUUACAAUUAAUGGAUGUAAGAACAGCUUGUUGUGACUUUCUACAAUCGCAGUUGCAUCCAACCAAUUGUUUAGGAAUCCGGGCAUUUGCAGAUGUUCAUACUUGCACAGAUCUGCUGAAUGAAGCAAACGCAUAUGCAGAACAGCAUUUUCCUGAUGUUAUGUUGGGUGAAGAAUUUCUUACUCUGAAUUUGGAUCAAGUAUGCAGUUUGAUAUCAAGUGACAAACUCACAGUUGCCACAGAAGAAAAGGUAUUUGAAGCAGUGAUCUCUUGGAUAAAGUAUGACAAAGAAGCUCGCCUGGAGCACAUGGCUAAUUUGAUGGAAAAUGUUCGGCUUCCUCUGCUUCCACGGGACUAUCUUGUACAGACAGUAGAAGAAGAGGCUUUGAUAAAGAAUAAUAAUACUUGCAAAGAUUUCCUAAUAGAAGCCAUGAAAUACCAUUUGCUUCCUCAUGAUCAACGGGCAGCAAUAAAGACUGCACGCACAAGACCAAGGACCCCAAUCUGCCUACCUAAGGUUAUGAUAGUAGUUGGUGGUCAGGCACCUAAAGCUAUACAAAGCGUGGAAUGCUAUGAUUUCAAAGAAGACCGUUGGAAUCAAGUAGCAGAGCUGCCUUCAAGAAGAUGCAGAGCUGGUGUUGUGUACAUGAGUGGCCGUGUUUAUGCUGUGGGAGGAUUCAAUGGGUCUUUGAGAGUUCGGACUGUGGAUGUGUAUGAUGCAGUUAAAGAUCAGUGGACAUCCAUUGCCAGUAUGCAGGAGAGACGGAGUACUCUUGGAGCAGCAGUGUUAAAUGAUCUGCUCUACGCUGUGGGUGGAUUUGAUGGGAGUACAGGGUUAUCAUCAGUGGAGGCUUAUAAUUCCAAAAUAAACGAAUGGUUUUUUGUGGCACCCAUGAAUACAAGAAGAAGUAGUGUCGGUGUUGGAGUUGUGGAAGGCAGGUUGUAUGCAGUGGGUGGCUAUGAUGGAGCAUCACGCCAGUGUCUUAGUACCGUUGAAGCUUACAAUCCAGUUAGCAACGAAUGGACUUAUGUUUCAGAUAUGAGCACUCGUCGAAGUGGAGCAGGGGUUGGUGUUUUAAACGGUCAUUUAUAUGCAACAGGAGGUCAUGAUGGACCUUUGGUGAGGAAAAGUGUAGAAGUGUUUGACCCGUCAACAAACACUUGGAGACAAGUGGCAGACAUGAACAUGUGUCGGAGGAAUGCAGGUGUGUGUGCUGUAAAUGGAUUUUUGUAUGUUAUUGGAGGGGAUGAUGGCUCUUGUAAUCUAGCGUCUGUGGAAUUCUAUAACUCUGUAACGGACAAGUGGACGCUAUUACCAACCAAUAUGAGCACUGGAAGAAGCUAUGCAGGUAACGUUGUUACAGGUGUUGCUGUAAUUGAUAAACCACUAUGACUUUGCUCUUGAGCAGCAGUUGGAUUGAAGUCUUAAAUGAAAACUGCACAGCAUUCUGCUGAAGACUGACCUAGGUUUUUAUAACUAUUUAUAAUACUUGGAUGCAUGGUAUACUGUGCGAGUAAAAGCUCAGUUGCCCCUCUGUCAAAAAAAUAUCAGCUGUGCAAUAUGCAUUUUUAAAAUCCAAUUCAAGCACUAAUUUAUGGAGUUUAGGCUAAAGGAACAUGUUACUUCCACAACUAGCACUUCGUAUGAAACAAAGAAAGUACAAGUUAACAGGCAUGAGUUAUCAGAUUGCUCUUGCCAAGUAAUCAGUGUUGAUGAGAUUCAGCCAUCAACAAAACCCUAUCGACUGGAGAAUAUGAAGCUUCUACUGUUACAUAUCAGUUGCUGAAGAUCAAGCUGUGGCCUUUUAACGCACAAAGUUUGGGAUCUGAAGUAAACAGUGCACUGAACACUGUUACAAUAUCAACUGUUUUAUAAAAGGGAGAAAAAAAUCAAGCAUUCUGUUCUUUAGUGAACAAGAAGAUACACUACGUGUCAUAAUAGUUUGUUUACGUUGAAAUAAGCUGCUACUGAUAUUUCAUAAUAAGCAAUCUUGGAUUUAGAAUUGGGUUCCCCUCUUUUGAGAAAUGAGUCAAUACAGGAUAUGAAGUUCCUGUUGAAAGUAAUCCUAAUGUUAGCCAGAUAACUUUAUUGCACCCACCAAACUCUUUCACAAAUGCUGUUGUACAGAAAAUGUGUGGAAACUGGAACCUCUUUUGUGCAGAUGCCAUGCCUCUUAGUUCAGAAUCUAAACCAAAGCUGACUUGCAUUUCAGCAACACCAGCCCCUCUCCCUCAAUUUUGAAGAGUAAUGAUAUUCAUUAUUCAUUAAUUAACAAUUUAACAAAACUCUGGAGUUUUAAAACCUUUUUGACAUUUCUCUCUGUUGGUAAUGUGGAGAGAACUGAAAGCAAAUAGACUGAAUUAAAAAUUUGUCCCUUCAGUUGAUCCUGGGGAUGUAGGUGGAUUAAUGAUGCAGAGAGAAAACUAUUAGUGUAAAAGAGUUUUAAAGCUAUCAUGUGGUAGCGUUGUAAAAAUAAAUACAUCUUUAACCUCAUUUCCAUUGCCUUCCUAAGUUUGUAGAUACUAAUAUGGCUAUUUUAGUAAAUACUGCCACCUAGUGAAUAUUCUAAAGGAUACUAUUUUUUAAAAGAAAGAUAAAUUAUAAUAUUUUAUUACGAAAUGUAUUCAAAUUCCUUCUGGCUGCCAGUUUUUUUAAUAUAUCUGUUAAUACGUGGUGCAGAAUCAUGUCAAGAGUCUGAGACUGCAUUUGCAUUCCUGCUCUGAAUAUAUUUGUUGCCUGAGAGGUACUUUUUUAAAUACAGCUAUACGCAUGGUUAAUAGAGAUUCUUUAAACAGGUGUUUGGAACACAAUUUGGCAAAAAAACACUUUGUGAAAAAUCACCUACAAAUUUUCAUCAUGAUUUCUUACAUUUCCCUAAUUUCCAUUUGCAUCAUUAAUAUUUUCUUGCUUCAGUGUUUCCUACUCAAUCUUUUUCUUUAUUUAAAAAAAAAAAUCCUUUUCUUUUUGUCCUGUGUCAUCCCAAUAACUAGAACUGUCUGCUUCUGGGUUUUAACAACUUUUUAUGGCCAUCAAAAUGCAUAAAAUUAGAUGUUUGUUUCAACCACAUGCAGACAAUUUUGCAGGCUUUUGUACAGUGGUUGAGACAUGGAGAUCUUAGUAAUUUGCUCGUCAAUGCUUCUUUCCUCUACUCUAUUGAAGUUUUCCCUUGCAUCGUUAAGUUUUCAUUCCACUUUUUAGGUAUAUAGUUUAUUUUCUUGCUUAAUUUCUUCAUUUAAAUGUUUUGUUUUCCUCUACAGUUUGUUUCCUAUACCGAAGCUUUUUGGUUGGCAGUAUUGCUGCAUCUUGUUAAUUGUUGCUCGUGGUGGGGGUGCCAAAGUAUGUGGUUUCCCGCAGCUUGAGACUAUAAUCACGGAAUUGUACAAUGCAGUAAGGAAUAUUCAACUUCGGAGUAGCUAACUGUGCCAUUUCAGGGGGCAGUGAAUCUGUAGUCAUACAUAGGAUAGACUGGGAAAGGACAGCAGACUUUCUGCACUGGACUAGAUAGGGUUUUUACCAUAACUAAAUGCUCAGCUUUAGUGAGGUAAACUUUCUUAAAUUUAAUUAAUUGAAUUUAAAUUACACAGAAGAUGUGGCACAAUUUGAACUUGUGUUGGUGGAUUUUUGGUUGUAGUCUCUGGAGUACUAUAUAUUAACCACUCUGCCACUGUUUCGAUUAUGAAAUGUGCUCAAUUGGGGGUUUGCGGGAAGCAACGACGAGGAUCUCCGAGUCAAAUUCAUUCAAGUAAAAAAAAAUGUGUAUUCAGUCUUUCAAAAUCACCUGUUUUAAAUGUUUGAGAUAUAAAAGAACCAGCAGCCAUUAUAAUAGCUAUAGUAUUUCUGCGAGAAUGUUUGAUCACUGUUUUUUUUUUCCAUUUAUAUAAUUACCAGUUGAUUUGAACAUUUUUUGCCAUUGUAAUGAAAAACAGAAAAAUUGUUCAAUUUCAAUCGAACUUUUUGGUGCCUAUGUGAUCUAGUCAUUGAUCAUCAAGAAAAUGUUAAUGAACCCUAUAACAGAUGCACUUCUAAUGUUAGACACUUGUUAAUUUACUGAUGUUUAGUUACAACAUAACUGUAUCCACAAUGGUGACAUAAAGCAGCACUAAGGUCUAAUUCUGUAACUGUCUUCAAUAGUAUUAAAUAGACUUACCAACUCAGAUCAAAAGGUCAUGCUUUAGUGACAAAGUAUGGCGUCAGGGAUUUAAUGUACCAUUGCACUCUACUGUCACUCUACUGGAACGGUUAAUAUAUUUUUAGGUUUUAUGUAGUGAUUUAUUUGAAAUGUUCCUGUCAUAUCUGUGGAACACAAUACUGUGAAGCACUCCUGACUUUUUUUCAAAUUGUCAAUAAAAUGAUGGAAACUA